AUGUUCAAGUCUUCAUUCGUUAGAAACUCCGCGAGGUUUCUUGCCACAAAGAAGCAGCCUUCCAUCGGUCGCUACACCGGGAAGCCAGACCCAGCUACCGGCAAAUAUACCGUGUCGUUUAUCGAGGGUGACGGUGUCGGACCAGAAAUUUCUAAAGCCGUCAAGGACAUUUUUGCCGCUGCCAAGGCUCCUAUCCAGUGGGAAUCCUGCGACGUGAGCCCACUGUUUAUCAAUGGCCUCACAACCAUCCCACAGCCCGCCCAAGACUCCAUCAACAAGAACUUGAUUGCUCUUAAGGGUCCGCUAGCUACUCCAAUCGGCAAAGGCCACAGAUCUCUAAACCUGACGCUACGUAAGACUUUCGGCCUGUUCGCUAAUGUGCGUCCCGCAAAGUCUGUCCAAGGCUACAAGACCGCUUAUGACAAUGUUGACCUUGUCCUGAUAAGAGAAAACACCGAGGGUGAAUACUCAGGCAUUGAGCAUGUAGUUUCCCCAGGUGUGGUUCAGUCGAUCAAGCUGAUCACCCAAGACGCCUCUGAGCGUGUUAUCAGAUACGCUUUCGAAUACGCUAGGGCCGUUGAGAGACCUAAGGUCGUGGUGGUCCACAAGUCCACUAUCCAGAGACUUGCUGAUGGUCUGUUUGUCAGUGUGGCGGAGCAACUCUCGAAGGAGUACCCUGACAUUGAGUUGCAAACUGAGUUGAUUGACAACACUGUUUUGCACACUGUUAGAGACCCAACCAAGUACAGCGAUGUUGUGGUUGUGUGCCCUAACCUUUACGGUGACAUCCUCUCGGACAUGAACUCUGGUCUAAGUGCUGGUUCCUUAGGUUUGACCCCAUCUGCCAACAUUGGGCACAAGGUCUCGAUUUUCGAAGCUGUUCAUGGCUCUGCCCCAGACAUUGCUGGCCAAAACAAGGCAAACCCGACUGCUUUGCUGCUCUCCUCAGUCAUGAUGCUCAACCACAUGGGCUUGACUGAGCACGCCGACAAAAUCGAGAAGGCCGUCUUCACUACUAUCGCUGCCGGCCCAGAAAGCAGAACCGGCGACCUGGGCGGAAGCGCUUCUACAUCUUCCUUUGCUGAGGCCGUUAUCAGCAGAUUGUAA